CAGAAACGCAUUCGUUCAGAACUCAUACAGAGGUGCCUGUUUGGCAAGCAGAUGAAGAAGUUGAAUCAUGUUUUAUUUGCCAUAAAGAUUUCACAUUAUUUUACAGAAGACACCAUUGCCGUAAAUGCGGUAGAGUUGUUUGUGGAACAUGCUCUUCCACCAUGACAAGCUAUGAACCUGGAACAUACGUCGUGAGCCCUCAAAGUCAAGUAUUCAUGCAAUCGCCACAUGUGCCACAUAGAACCUGUGAUGUAUGCGUGGAACAGAUGGCUAUGGAAAAUAGUUUGAGAGAUAGUGUCAUUACUGCUAGCUCACCAAUGGAGGUACCACCUAGAAAUCAAGUCAAAGAUGUUUCAAUGCAAAGAACAGUUGGUGUUAAUGAACCAGAUGAUGAUAUAGAACAAGAAAGAGAGCACUGCCCUAUUUGUAACACGAACUUGAGUGGUCAAACUGAGCUACAGAGAGAGGAACAUAUCAAUUCUUGUUUGAUAAAUGCAGAAUUUUCAGGCUCGCCAGAACAAUUUAGAAGUAAUAGAAUGUUGGUGUAUCAUAUUCCAUUUCCAGACCCCAAGAAAGUUGUUGUUUCGUGUUCUGAUGCUUCAACGUCAACCCUGCAUCAACAAUCACAAUCAAAUGUUGAUGAAAAGUUUCCAAGAGAUGAUGAGUGUGUUAUUUGCUUAGAAGAGUUGAAACCCGGUGAUAAAGUUGGGCGUCUUGAGUGUCUUUGUGUUUUCCAUUACAAAUGUAUCAAAGGUUGGUUCAAAAGAAAAGGGCCUGGUGAAUGUCCCGUGCAUGCAGUACACCUGUGAUUCAAUGGUUGACGAAAUGAUAAGUUGGUGUUUUUAAUGAUUGAGUUAUGUUGACGAAUGAGUACAUUGAGUAUUUUUUGGUAAUAGGAGUAUAAUGGUUUGUUUUAUUUUUUUGCGUUAUGGGUCGAUCGUUUCAGUACUAUUGUGUUAUCUUAUAUUUUAAAUGUUAUUAUAUGGCUAUGGAAGUUUGCAUUGUGUAUUUGCUUAAUGUUUACUAUAAAUUUAGAUAAAACAUGAUGUAGUUAGUGGUCGCGAAAGCGUUGAUGUUUUAAUCCUUCCAAAAUUCAAAACAAACCUGUUUGCCAAUCACCAAACAACAUCUAAAACUAUCCAAAAAGAUUGAAAAGACACGAUGGAAAACCCACAUGAACAAGUGCAGAAUGCGCUAUUAGCACGUAUCAUCAACAAUGUUG